AUGGCAAACGACCCGAGCAUCGAGACGCCAGGAACCGCUACCGAAACAGUCAAGGGUUCACCCGACAAUGUUCCAUCUUCGUUCAAUCACCCAUUAGAUCCACUGACUCCGGACGAAAUUGCGGCAGUUUCUUUGGCUGUACGCCACCAUAUCGCGAAAGAGGGGAAUAUCAAGGCCAUCAAGUUCAUUACCUGUUAUCUUCUACCGCCGCCCAAGAAGCUGGUUCUCGCUGCGCUUGGGAUCCCCCUUGCACCAGGCGCGAAGCCAGAGACUGCUGGCACCAUAGUGAGAAAGGCCGAAGUAGAUUUCUUGGACGUAAUUAACGGACACUCAUACAAUGCCAUCCUUUCCCUCGGCGAUCGAGUGUGGACUGUCACAUCCCUUGAAAAGCUUGCCGAAGGUGUUCAGCCUCAAAUUUCGGUUGAGGAGCUGAUUGCAUGCGAGCAAGUUGUUCGAAAAGAUAAAUAUGUGCAGGAGCUGGCCGCCAAAGUUGGAGUUCUGCCAGAUCAAAUUUGUUGCGACGGUUGGUCGAUUGGCUACGACGAACGGUUCCCUCAGAGUAGGCGGGUGCAGCAGGCACUGGUGUUCGCUAGAUAUGGGCAGCACGAGAACCUAUACGCCCACCCCAUGGACUUCGUGCCCGUCAUUGACGCCAAUACGGAGGAGGUACUUCAUAUCGACUUUCCACCAGUAUGGAAGUCUUCGCCCAACGGUCCUGUGUUAUCCGUGAAAUCAACCGCACCUCCUACUCCACUACCCAAGCCAGGGGAUGCCUUCGCCUUCGCAAGUAGGGAUCGGAUUCCUCCUCCAGCUCGGAAAUUCGACUUCUUGCCGGAUUUGAUGAAGGAGAAUGACCCAGAGUUUAAACCGCGAGACGAUAUCAAGCCCCUGCAUGUUGUGCAGCCCGAGGGCGUGAGUUUCAAGAUGAACGGCCAUGAGCUUGAGUGGCAGAAUUGGAAGAUGCACAUUGCAUUCAGCCACAGGGAAGGCUUGGUUCUUUCGACUAUCACCUAUAACGAUCAUGGUGAAGUGAGGCCAAUUUUUUACCGCUUGUCCCUCGCGGAGAUGGUUGUACCUUACGGUGCGCCAGAAUAUCCGCAUCCAAGGAAAUUUGCAUUUGAUUCUGGCGAGUACGGAAUGGGAACGAUGGCAAAUGAAUUGUCCUUAGGAUGCGACUGUCUUGGACAAAUCCAUUAUUUACCCGGUGCAUUCGUGUCGCAUGCAGGAACUGCGAUCGUCAUUAAGAACGUUAUCUGCAUCCACGAGGAGGAUGCUGGUGUUCUUUGGAAGCAUACCGACUACCGACCUGACGGCCGCUCACAAACCGUACGGAGGCGAAGACUCGUCGUCAGCAUGGUCUGCACGCUUGCAAACUACGAGUAUAUUUGGAACUACCACUUCUACCAAGACGGCACUAUCGAGUUCGAAAUCCGGCUGUCGGGUAUCCUCCAAGUCUACGUCUCUGCUGACGGCGAACCUAAUCCCCACGGUACAACCGUGGCGCCGAAUGUCAACGCACAUUAUCACCAACAUUUGUUCUGUGUCCGCGUCGACCCCAUGGUUGACGGACUGAAUAAUUCAGUCAUCGAGUCUGAUAUCCUUCCUUUGCCAGAACCGAUGGGAUCCACUACGAAUUUCGCUGGUAAUGCGUUCAUAUCUAUAGACAACCCCUUGAAGACAGAGACGGGCCGUCCAUAUGACUUCGCAAAGGAGCGCCGCUGGAGGAUCGUCAACCCAUCGAGGAAGCAUUACGCGUCAGGAAAGGACGUAGGAUAUUCCCUUGGUGUGAAGGGCGGCGUCACGCCGAUGAUGGCGAAGAAAGACAGCUGGACGGUGAAGAGGGCUUCCUUCUUGGACAACGCUGUUUGGGUCUGCAAGGAUGUCGAAGGCGAGAAGGGCUCGAGGAUGUGGCCCAGCGGUAAGUAUGUACCGCAAACAAGGGAGGAGCCAGAGGACUCCAUUUCAAAGUGGGUCGAAGGGGAGGAAAAUAUCGAGAACGAGGAUAUUUUGGUAUAUGUCGUCGUCGGUACGACGCACAUACCCCGCCCCGAGGACUGGCCAGUUAUGCCCGUUGAAACGCUGCAUUUGACGUUCAAACCGAAUAGUUUCUUCAAGGUCAACCCCAGCAUGGACGUCCCCGGGGUCAAAGAUCCUUUGAGUAAACCUGCUUUCGCGAAUGGGGCGAGCUCCUCUGGAUGUUGCAAUUGA